CUACACAAAAAACACUGUUAGGCAGUAUUCCAAGAUGGCAAGCUAUCUACAAGCUCCCCAUCUUAGAUGGACAUCGUACAUCGUCAUCAUCCUGUCCGUCAUCACGAGGAUCAGCCAUGGCUCAACCUGCACCUCCUCAUACGCUUACAUGCAGAGUGACACGGAAUCGGAUCGGGAUAUGAUGCUUGAUAAUCAUCUAGCGAGAAAUAUCACAGGAGUACGAUCUCCGGGAGAAUGUCUGACGAUAUGCCUACGACAUGGUGCCGAGUGCCAGUCCAUCAACUUUGCGUCGGACCUCCAACUGUGUCACGUCAAUGACGCAACGAAAUCCAGUUACGCCAAUGAUUUUGUAUCUAGUGAUGGUUUCAAUUAUUACGAACCCUCAUCUUCGUCGCAUUGGCUGGAUACUCAAGUAUACUGCAGUGAUGCCGAUGAUACAUGUCACAAUGGAGCUACCUGUACGGAGUAUUGCCAUCCUCCCUGGUUCAAAUGCGACUGCCCUUCAGACUUCAUGGGAGAACACUGCACACUUUCGGUGCAUUAUGAUGGCAUAGCCUCCACGUGCAAGGAGUAUUACGAUGCUGGUCAUACUACUAGCGGAGUGUUACAAAUCAACCCAGGCGGAUCAGGAGCUUUCGAUGUCUACUGUGAUAUGGACAAUGAUGGAGGCGGUUGGACAAUAUUCCAGAAACGAUUAGACGGUUCUGUGGAGUUCUAUCGGACAUGGUCGGACUAUGUGAAUGGGUUUGGUUCGGUCAGCGGGGAGUAUUGGCUGGGGCUUGAGAAGAUAUACCGUCUGGCUUCAGGCACUGUGAAUCUGCGAAUAGACUUGCAAGAUUGGAGCAACACCUGGUAUUACGCCAGAUACUACUAUUACAGCCACGCUAGCAACGACCAUUACCGGGGCUACUUCUGGGGUUACUAUGGAGAUGCUAGUGAUUCGUUGUCCUACCACAAUGGCGCGCAGUUCUCGACCUAUGACGCAGAUCACGACUCGUGGGGCAGUAACUGUGCCUACAGUUACCACGGUGCAUGGUGGUACAAUGCAUGUUUUCAUAGUAAUCUUAACGCUUACUAUGUGGAUGGAGGAACCGCAUCGAAUUCUGAUGCUAAUUCGGCUUCUUGGUACCAUCUUCAUGGAUAUAACUAUGGUAUGAUGCGGACCGAAAUGAAAGUGCGCAGUUAGGAUGUACACCAGUUGUACUAUUUAUCUCUCCUCCACGACAUUGAUUUGUUCACAGACACCCCUAAUCAAAAACAUUCUUAAUAAAUUGGUCACUAUAGCUUUCUUAUAUAAUUAGAACGUCAAAUUGGAAAUUAAAGUAGGAUCUAAAUCGACUUCGGAGACCUACGGGAUGUCUCGCUGUUCAAUAUUUAUUUAUGAUGAUUUUGAUCUUACUCUAGUAGAGUGAAGUUAAUAUCUCUCUUUGGAUCGGUUGUUUACCAAUACCGUACAUGCUUUAUAUAAAUAAACGUUGAUAAAGCGAUAGUAAGUUGUACUUUGAUCUUUUGAUGUCACUUUUCACCAUGUUCAGCCGCAGACUAAUCUGAUAAAGACGAUAUCAUACUACAUGUACAUGCUAAUUAACCUUGAUGGGUGAUAGAGGUUUCUCUAAAGAGAUUCAUGAAUAGUCAUUGAAAGGCCCUGUAAUAUAUGAUACGGUAUUAUUGAUUUAAUCUCCCCACACUUAAUCUCCUCUCAUCAAAUGUAUAUCUAUAAUCAAUAAUACACUACAAUCAAUCUAAAGCGAUGGGUAGAUUUUUUUUUAAAUACCUCAGUAUAGUCAUUAUAUGUAGCGACAAUAGAUAUGUAAUAGAUUUCUGCUUUUUUAUAAGUCGUGUGUAUGUUGGAGGGCGCGAGACACACACAUCUUUCUGGCAUGUUUAUCAAAAAGAGAUAACGCAGGUAAUAUAUCUAAUAAAUACAAUUCUUAUACCAUUUCCAUUCCAUGAGUAAAAACUUCGAAACACAUACAAAGAAACCUAAAUAACACAAUAUCUUAACGGAGAGUACGUGUAAAUAUGUAGAGUAUAAUUGUAAAUACAUUAAUAUCUUAUAUUUCUUUUAGAUUAUACCUCUGCACCAUUUUUUUAACGGAAUAUAUCAUUUUUGCUUCAAGCGCUGACAAGAAAAUAUCUUGAAAUCUUUGAAACAAGCAUAUAGUAAUGUUUAAUAUGUCAUUCUAUGUCAACUAAAGUGUUUUUGGAUUGAAUAAAAUGCAAUGUGAUAUAA